GACGGGGCAGUCAUAUGGGAGAAAAUGCGUUAGUGGGUCCUUUAACACAAAGGGUAUCACGAGACUGUGAAAGUCAAGAAGGGUUGACCCACAAAGAAGUGGUGGGGGGGGUGCGCUGAUUGCUUUAUGAUUCCUCUUGUCCCGCCAGGGAACAAGGAGCAUUGUGACUGUCCGGUGGGCGGAAGUCUGAGCAGUGUGAAUGGUAACAUGUUACCGAGAGCGAGAAAGGAGGCAUUGUGUGGUGUCAGAGCAGAAAAAGACAGUGUGACUGAGAGAGAGAGCGUUACAAAAAAAAAAGGAAAGUCAGGAAAAUGUGACAGGGAAAAAAAGAGAACAAUCAGUGUCACACAGUGAGAAAGUAUGACAAACAGGGAGUGACAAACAUUGUGACAGGCAGAGGCACCUAGGUAAAGAGCUGCAGAUUGCGGGACAGGGGAAAAACAGGUAAACCGCUGCAGACCAGAGAGAGCUAGGUAAAAAGCGGCUGCUAGUGUGGUAAGAGAGCUAAGGGGAGCAUAGUCUGGAGAGAGAGAGAGAAAGAGAGAGAGAGAGAGCUCGGUGAAGGUAAAGGGACCGCUAGGUAACCUGCAGACUGCGUGAUCAGGGGCAGAUGGUUAAUGGUGUGACAGGGCAUUUUUCAAAGAGAAUACAUGUGUAUGUUAUGCAUUCCUGGUAGAGUGAAUGGAGGUGCGUGAAGGGUAGCUGUGCAAAAAUUAAACCUUUAUGAAUUGGGAAUGUAAAGGACUAGAACCAAUAUAGAAAGAUAAAACUGUCUAGGACAAAUAUGGAUGCACAAAAAGCUAAGGUAGGAAGAGAGUGACGCAGAAGAACAUUUGAUGAAGGAAAAAGGAGACCUGACGCAAUGAAUUGGGCAGGCUUGUAUGGUAUCCUGAGUGGAGUGAAUCGUCACUCCACUGGCAUCGGACGAAUCUGGCUUUCUGUAGUCUUCAUCUUCCGCAUUAUGGUCCUGGUGGUGGCAGCAGAAAGCGUGUGGGGGGAUGAGAAGUCUGCAUUUACAUGCAACACACAACAGCCAGGUUGCAAUAGUGUGUGCUAUGAUCACUUUUUCCCCAUCUCCCACAUUCGUCUUUGGGCCCUUCAACUCAUCAUAGUGUCCACACCUGCUCUCCUUGUGGCCAUGCACGUGGCACACUUGCAGCAUCAGGAGAAGAGGGUUCUACGCAUGUCUGGCCAUGCAGACCCUAGUGAACUGGCAGAUGUGAAGAAGCAUAAGAUGAGGAUCUCUGGUACUCUGUGGUGGACAUACACAUUAAGUGUGAUCUUCAGGAUAAUCUUCGAGGCGGUAUUCAUGUACAUCUUCUACCUCAUCUACCCAGGUUAUUCCAUGAUAAGGCUUGUGAAGUGUGAUGCCUAUCCCUGCCCCAACACUGUGGAUUGCUUUGUGUCUCGACCCACAGAGAAAACUAUCUUUACAGUCUUCAUGCUUGCUGCGUCUGGAUUCUGCAUCAUCCUAAACGUGGCUGAGGUGUUCUUCCUCAUUGGCAAGGCCUGUACCCGUAAACGUCAUAGACACGACGACUCAUACAAAGGUCAAGAGCAAAGACAAAAUGAGAUGAACAAGCUGAUCACCGGAGACAGCCUUAUUAAACGUCCUCCAGGAAGCCAGGAGAAAGCAGAACAUUGUUCUACUUCCUAGAGCUUCCUAAUAUGUUUAGCUUGUUCCUUUGGGCAUAAAAGGCAGGGGUGCAUUGAGAUCAUUCCAUAUUUUUAAGUGAGAGUAAUCACAAGUGGGAUUGUUUACAAGACUUAAACUGGAAAGAAACAGGAACAAAAUUAAAUGAAGAACUGGAUGGUGCAAGUAAAUGUCUCAUUUGAGACACCAACAUUCUGAUCAAGAUACAGUGAUGAUAUAUUAGUUCCCAUUAUGGGCCAAUGCCUGAAAGUAUCCAAACUGCAGUUGACUGUAUUGGUAUUCUAAUGCCAGUUGUAUUGCACACCGGUUGUCAAUGGUCCAUUCUGCACCUAUGCCUCUCACAGUAUUCUUCAUUAACUAUGGGCCAGGGUGCUUUUUCAUGAGAGGGGGAGGGAAGUAUUAGAGGGGGGGGGGGCGUGUGUGGGUUUAUACUGCCAUAAAAUUGAGAUUGUUUUAAUAUGCAAAUGAAUUAUUAUAAAUAAAACAUAAGAAUAAAUCCUUAUAA